AUGCUGCAAUACAAAGGAAAACACGGUGAAUCGGAGGCGGUGCACCGGCGCGUACUCGAGGGGAGCGAGAAGAUUCUUGGACCGGACCACCCUGACACCCUAACAAGUGUCAAUAAUCUGGCUACUGUGCUGAAAACCCAGGGAAAGUACGAUGAAUCAGAGGUGAUGCAUCGGCAUGCACUAGAGGGUCGCGAGAAGAUUCUUGGACCUGACCAUCCCAAGACUCAAUUAAGUGCCAACAACUUGGCUCGUCUG